CAUCAUUUCCCCCCCAAAGGCAUCAUACCUGCCCAUCACAUCAUAUCGCCCCGACUUUCUCACUUCCGCCCACCCACCACGAGCAUCUUCAACCUCCCCAACUACUAUCCCACUCGUCCUUGAAUUGCUACAUGGCCAUAUCCGUCAAUCGCUGACGAGGGCCUUGUUGCUCUCUGUCGGCUGCACACCGGUCCUAGACAGACCCCGCAGUUUCCAACCGCAAUCCAACACUUCAGCGGACCAGCGGUCAACGGUGCAACGGUGCAACACAGGCUGGCAACUGCCCUGCUGGGGUUUACGUCUGCUGUCUAUAGCUCAUCCUCCUUCGCCAUGAGCUCGUCAUAUGGGCAUUUAGUGUCUUCCCCUUCCUGAGACCAGAGAAAACCACUCUCCCAAUGUCCUUCGACAGAGAACCCGAACAGACUCCUGCUAUCUUAACGCCCCAAUCUCUCCGGCCAUCCCAAUAUGCUACGCCGACCGACCACAGCAACUUCUCAUCGAAUAUGUCUCCGUCUCCUUCGAGAGACUCCGUUGCCGCCCGCGUCCAGAUACAGUCGACACAAAUUCCGAAGGCGUGGGUAUCGCCCAUCUGCGGCGCCGGCGCCGGCUUCGCCUCGGGUAUUGUCACCUGUCCUCUUGAUGUGAUAAAGACGAAGCUUCAGGCGCAGGGCGGAUUCACCCAGAGAGUACAGUCUAAGAAUCCAUAUGGCAGUAUCCAACAACCAUACAAAGGCAUCAUUGGCACUGGCAGCGUCAUAUGGCGGGAAGAAGGUAUCCGUGGCAUGUACCGAGGAUUAGGGCCCAUGCUAUUGGGUUAUCUACCAACAUGGGCUGUCUAUCUGACGGUAUAUGAGAAUACUCGAGAGUUCUGGUAUGAUCAGUGUGGCAGCUGGUGGGUGGCUCGCUGCUAUUCAUCGCUCACCGCCGGCGCCUGUUCCACCAUACUGACGAACCCCAUCUGGGUCAUCAAAACUCGUCUGAUGUCCCAAUCCAAUAAAUCAGCUACCGCCAGUGACGGCAUGCGUGCUCCCUGGCACUACACUUCCACACUCGAUGCUGCCCGCAAAAUGUACCGCACUGAGGGACUGCGAUCUUUCUACUCUGGCUUGACCCCUGCCCUACUAGGCUUGACGCAUGUUGCGGUUCAAUUUCCGCUGUACGAAUUCUUCAAGAUGAAAUUCACUGGGUAUGGCAUGGGUGAGCAUCCACCCGAAGACAGCACCUCAAAUUGGCUCGGUAUCUCUGCUGCUACCUUUCUGAGCAAAGUCUGUGCGUCGACAGCCACCUACCCUCACGAAGUUUUGCGUACUCGUCUACAAACACAACAACGCAGGUCAGCACUUACAACGUCGGAUGGCAUGAAAGUACAAGCGCGCUACUCGGGCGUCUGGCAUAUGUGCAAGGUCAUUCUCCAAGAGGAAGGCUGGCGUGCAUUCUAUGCGGGCAUUGGCACAAAUCUCAUCCGUGCGGUGCCAGCAGCUAUGACCACCAUGCUCACCUAUGAAUGGCUGCGUAAUCUUAUCACUCGAGCGCAAGAAAAAGGCGAAGAGCUGAAGAAGUUGCCUGAGGGAUAGCCCGUGUGAGCAAAAAGCACUGAUUUGCUCAUGAACUGAACUUCUUGCCCUGGAAUUGGAGGCGCUGGAACCCGAACCCAGAUCUUGAGCGAUAAGUUUAUUCGCCAAUGGUAUACAAAUAAACGGCUUCGGCGUCGGGAUUCAUCUUCAAUUGAUGGGUCAAAUUGUUUGGAGGCCCCCAACCAUGAGGCAUGCCGAGCAGAAGAAAUGGAAGACGACACAGCGGGUGGGCGCACGACGCUUGUCAGCUGAAUUAACACUUAACUUCGACAUGUCUCUCUAUUGGUGGAAGAUGCACUCAUGCGAAUCAAUUUCGACCAUCACAAUAUUGCAGCAGCAUCUUGGGCUGGGAACGAAGUGAAGAAGACGGAAGGAACCAAAGAAACAUCAAGCCCAUUCAAGUUGCGUCCAAUUAAGGCACUGUCUACUUGAGGUAUUUUGAUGCAAGGACAAAGAAGAUAACAGGGGUUGAAUUGAGCUUGGGCUGGACUGUGCAAAGGCCCGAGUAGACCAGAAGACUUGAGACACCGAAGGUUAAGCGGCGAUACUGGCAGGUCUGCAGAAUCAGAGAUGGUGGUAUAUAUCUCACGCGAUUCUGGCAAGACCCCAUCUUUAUAUAUUAUGGUUAUUGUAGGAGACGUGAACCUUGUGCAUAGGGCAUGAGAAUUCAAGGCUAGAGUAGUGCAAGCAACUGUAUAAGAUCAUGACAUGAAAUGAUAUCGG